CUCCGCACAUGCUCCGUGUGCCGGCCCGGCCCGGCCGAGCGGGGCUGCGCGCCCGCCCUGGCGCUCGCUGGGGACAUGGCAUUUUUCAGCAUCUCAGGCGGGCUUCCAGGGGCAUCUUUUUAAGAGAGUCCGUAACAGAGUAUAAUGUUUCCAUCAGGCUCUUGCCUUGGCAACCACCUGCAGCCGCAAAGCGAGUUUAAAUCUCAGAGGAAGAGUGGUGACAGCUAUCGUUUCACUAUGUGCUGUAAUAUGUGAGAUUCUACCCUGAGAACCCUGGAGGUGGCAUUUGUCUGGUCUGGUUGUACAUAAUGAGAUAGAUCGCAAUGGAUUUCAGUUCCUCAUCCGUGUUUGACCAGCACAAAGGGUAAGCUGGAGGAAGAUGAAGUGGUUGUGUUGUUCACCUGGAGCCAAGUGCAUCCAGCACAAAUGACACCCAAGCUCUUCCAUCAUUUUCUGCUCUCUGUCAUGUGAAACGUCAGAGCACAAUUUAUCUGUCUUCCUUCUCACUCCCCAUCCACAAUCACACAAGUCAAGAUACACCACUUGAAGUUGGGUCACCCCUACAGAAAUGGAAUUCAUGUCAGUCAUCUUUAUUCAGAUCCCAACAGAAGCUCGUGGCCCAGGCUGCCAGGCAGGGUGAUAGCCUGCUCCUCCUGCUUCUCCGUGCACUGGCAGAUUGGACUUGUGGGUGGGGAAGUGUAAGUCUUUGUGGCUUCAAGCCACCAUCUUUUAAGUGGAAUGGAGCCUGUGUUCUGCAAGAAGAGGCAGGGGCAAAACUUCAUUCAUUUUUCCAUCCAUCCAUCCAUCCAUCCAUCCAUCCAUCCAUCCAUCCAUCCAUCCAUCCAUCCAUCCGUCCAUCCAUCCGUCCGUCUGUCCGGCUGUCCACAGUUUUACUUCCCCUCCGUACACACAAGGGUAGUAGCUCUAGGGAAAGCAGACUGAGCCCAGCAGAAGCAAAGGGGGAGUGUCUUGGCUUUACCUAGAGGAAAAAGGGCAGAGAUGUUCAGAGACCAGCAUGAAGGAGUGCACCCUUGUCCUCAUCUUCCUGCCAUAGCGCCCUCCAGCUGAUGCAGCAGAAGAGAUGGACUUGGCUGUGGUUUACCAAGCGGCAGCUAAUGGCGAUGUGAACACCCUGACUGCAGUGAUCCGAGAGGAUCCUUCCAUCCUGGAGUCUUGUGACAGAGAGGGUUGCACACCUUUGAUGCAUGCUGUGUCAGGACGCCAGGUUGACACAGUGAAGCUUCUGUUGAAGAUGGGAGCUAAUAUUAAUACUCAAGAUGCUUGUGGACGUACCAGUUUAUCUCUGGCAACUUAUUUGGGCUGGCUGGAAGGCUGUGUCAGCCUGCUCAGGAAUGGUGCUAAGCAGAACAUACCUGACAAGAAUGGGAGGUUGCCACUACACGCUGCCACUGCAGAGCCUGACGUGAGGCUUCUGAGCUUGCUUCUGCAGCAGUCAAAUCUUAGUGAAAUUAAUCACCAGGACAAUGAGGGAAUGACUUCACUCCACUGGGCUGCAUUUCACAACAGACCCCAGCACACCCAGACUCUGCUGCACAAGGGAGCAGACCCGACUCUGGUGGACAAGGAUUUCAAAACAGCUCUGCACUGGGCAGUACAGAGUGGCAACAGGAUUCUGUGUUCCAUCAUUCUGGACCACUGGCAGGGACCAUCAAUAAUAAAUUAUGAUGAUGAGAAUGGCAAAACGUGCAUGCACAUUGCUGCUGCUGCAGGCUACAGUGAUAUCAUCAGUGAGCUGGCUAAAGUCCCAAAGUGCAACCUGCAGGCCCUUGAUGUGGAUGACAGGACUCCUUUGCACUGGGCUGCAGCAGCAGGGAAAGCUGACUGUGUGCAGACACUGCUAGAAUUGGGGAUAGACAGCAGCCCUCGAGACAUCAAUGAAAACACUCCUCUGACAUACGCAAUAUACUGUGGGCACACGGCAUGCAUCAAGCUGCUGACUCAGGAGAGCAGUAGAUCUGAGUCAGUUCAUCAGUUUCACUCCCAGAACAACAGACUUACAAAGAAAGAAGGACGAUUCAGUAUGCUGAACCAGAUCUUCUCUUGCAAAAAGAAGAAAGAUGAUCAGAAAACCAGUCAGAAGGAGAGAAGCAGGGAUCAAUAUCCUGGAGAAGAGACCUCAGAAGUAGAUGAUAUCAUCACCCGUUUUGAUUGCAUUAUGAAUAAAAAUUGCAAAGACAUUCCAGAUGAGUGUAAGACCACCCCUGACUUUAAAAGAAAGAACACAGACACUAAGUACCUCAUAGCAGAAAAGAAGAAAUCAGUAUGUCAGGGACUCCCACCCAUCACCACCCAGAGCUUCCCCCCAGUCACUGCAGGCAAUUCCUUCCUAACUGCUUCCCAGAGCAAAAUGUCAAGGUUCUCCUCCAGCUCCAGUACCCACCAUUUUCCAGACAAAUCUCAAAAGAGUAGGAGUGAGCACAACUUGCUGGACAACACAGACAGCUGCCAGGCUUUGCUGGAUGAUCCCUGGAACACAGAUUCUAACCAAAGGCUCUCUUACAAAGUCUGUACUAGGACUUCUUCAGACAAACUGAUGAAUGGCUUGAACUCUGAUAGAUCUCACCAUGUGCUUUUGUGCCCUCCCUGCCUUCCCUCACUUCCCAGUUCUCCAUCAGGAGACUUAGCUGAGGGGGGAAAAAACAACAUCCAGUUUUUGAAGACACUGAAAUGUAGAAGUUUUCAACAGAUGUCUGUAGACCAACACAAAAUGAAAAAUGUUAUUCCUGUACAGAGCAGCCUAGCUCCAAUACCCAACCAUAGUGCUCACAAAAUUCAUCUGCCAUCUCAGGAUGCUAAAAAGUUUAAGUCUCUACGGACUGGUGCAGUUACUCUCCCACCAGCUCCACUCUCCAGAUCUCUGAAAACAGGACAUUCUCAGAGUCAGAUCCUCUAUUCUCUUUUGCCUGGUUUAUCAGGAGAGCGUCUAAAACCAAGCUGUGUCCUACCUGCUAUCCCAAACCAGAAGAAAUCUAAUCCUGAGGAGCUUGAAAAACCACUCGCCAAAUCAGAUACUGAAAAUUAAUUCAUUACAGUGGCUUAAAUUAGUUGAAAUAUGUCCAAGUGGCUGUUAAAAGAUAACUUUACAGCUAAAUCUCAUUAAUGUGCACUAAUGAUACUGUUGUGAUCUGGAGCAUAACAAAAACCAAGAUAAGAUAGCAUAUAACAAAAGCUGCACUGUGUGUGUAUAUAUAUGUAUUUGCAUUAUCAUUUUCAUGUAUGAUGAAAUUACCUAAUCAACAUUUAAUAUGCAGUAAAUUUAUUUUUUUGAAUGGAACCCUCAUAACAUGAUUUUGUUACAGCAGUGUGCUGUUAAGACUUUCACAGAAAAAAGGAACAAAGAGUAAGGUUUUCUGCAUGAUUUAAAAGUUGGAACUAGGGAAAAAAAUUGACAGGGCUUCUCUGUAAUUUGUAAAUGCAGAGGUGCUGGUUCUGAUGCUGUGUGCUGUAAAAAGAACCUUUUUAAGAUUAAGAAAAUAAACUCAAAAUAAAAGGCAGCUUCAGCAAUUGA